GAACCGGUCACAGCCCGAGCUGCACGGUACCGAGCCAGUGUUCGUCCUAGGCCGAUGCCGACCUUUCCCGGAUCGAUGACCUCGACCAGGAACGGCCAUUGACAGCUCAAGUCGAAGCGGACGCGCUUCCGCACGAAUCCUCGUCUUCCAUCUCCGCUCCUCCGCCAUCACGCGACCAGGACCAAUUCGUAUCUCGUCGCGCCUCGCAAUGCGUCUCUCCCUCCUCCUCCUCCUCUUUUUCCUCGGUCUCCACGAGGGCCCUUUCCGCACCGUCUCUGCCGGCGCCAGCGACGCCGUUGAGAUCACAUACGGUUCUGUUCUCAAAUUGAUGCACGAGAGAACGAAGCACCGGCUGCACUCGCACGACUUGCCUUAUGGAUCCGGGAGCGGGCAGCAAUCGGUCACUGGAUCUCCCGAUGUUGGCGAUUCCAAUAGUUAUUGGAUUGUAAGGCCCCAGCCAGAUUCAUCAACCAGACAGGGUGAUAUCAUUGAAAAUGGAGCUGUCAUCCGACUACAACAUAUGGUAACUCACGCAUGGCUCCAUAGCCACUUGUAUGCUUCUCCAUUAUCUGGUAACCUUGAGGUAAGCUGCUUUGGGGGGGAUGACCAAUCGGAUACUGGUGACUUUUGGCGUCUUGAGAUUGAGGGCAGUGGAAAAACUUGGAAGACAAACCAGCACGUAAGGCUUCUACAUGUUGAUACCAAUGGUUACUUACACAGUCAUGAGAAGAAGUUCAACAGGAUAGCAGGCGGACAGCAAGAGGUGUGUGGGGUGCGCGAUAAGCACCGUGAUAAUGUUUGGUUGGCAGCGGAGGGUGUGUACCUUCCAGUUAACGUAAGCAAGUAAUGGAGGAUGCAUCCUUGUGGUUGUUUACAAACAAAAUCCACAACGAGUUAACACGAUGUUUUUGUGACUGUUUAAUUUUGCUGCUGUUCCAUUUCUUCAUCAGCUUGUUCACGUUCAUAAACGAUUUGUUCAACUCGAGAGAUUAUCAAUUUUGUUUUA